AUUGAUUAUACUACUUCCCAUCAGGUUCGUCCUCGUCCUCUUCCUGCUUCCCCCGCGUUUUCCAAUCGGCAACCGUGCUGGCGGCAAGGGUCAUUGCUCCGACCGCCGAAAGCGAAACCCCACGCUAUUUUUGCUCGGGGCUUCAGCCGAAGCGCCGUCUCAGCUUUCUUCCUCCCUCUCUCCCUCCGUUUCUUUUUCUUCUUUCUUCUCUCAACUUCGGCAUCUGACUUUCCAUCUUGUACUUUCCAGAAUUCCAAAGCAGAAAUCAUGUCCAUGUCUAUUAGAGCCUCCACCCGAGCCUUGAGCUCGCUCCAGGCCACCCGCGCCGCUCUCUCCGGUGUCCGUGCCUACUCCACCGCCGAACCCGAUCUCAAGACCACCCUCAAGGAGGUCAUCCCUGCCAAGCGCGAGCUCCUCAAGAAGGUCAAGGCCCACGGCGACAAGGUCAUUGGCGAGGUCAAGAUUGAAAACACUCUCGGCGGUAUGCGUGGCCUCAAGGCCAUGGUCUGGGAGGGCUCCGUCCUCGACGCCAACGAGGGCAUCCGCUUCCACGGCCGCACCAUCAAGGACUGCCAGAAGGAGCUUCCCAAGGGCAAGACUGGCACCGAGAUGCUUCCCGAGGCCAUGUUCUGGCUCCUCCUCACCGGCAAGGUCCCCUCCACCAACCAGAUCCGCCAGUUCUCUCGCGAGCUCGCCGAGCAGGCCCAGAUCCCCGCCUUCGUCUCCAAGAUGCUCGACGACUUCCCCAAGGACCUCCACCCCAUGACCCAGUUCGCCAUGGCCGUCUCUGCCCUCAACUACGAGUCCAAGUUCGCCAAGGCCUACGAGAAGGGCCUCAACAAGGCCGACUACUGGGAGCCUACCUUUGAUGACUCCAUCUCCCUGCUGGCUAAGCUGCCCACUAUUGCCGCCAAGAUCUACCAGAACGCCUACCACGGCGGCGGUGCUCUCCCCGCUGAGGUUGACCUCGACCAGGAUUGGUCCUACAACUACGCUGCUAUGCUUGGCAAGGGCGGCAAGAAGAACGAGAACUUCCAGGACCUCCUCCGUCUCUACCUCGCCCUUCACGGUGACCACGAGGGUGGCAACGUCUCUGCCCACGCCACCCACUUGGUUGGCUCUGCUCUCAGCGACCCCUUCCUUUCCUACUCUGCUGGUCUCCAGGGUCUCGCCGGUCCCCUCCAUGGCCUUGCCGCCCAGGAGGUUCUCCGCUGGAUCCUCCAGAUGAAGGACAACAUCCCCGCCACCUACAGUGAGCAGGACGUUGAGGACUACCUCUGGUCCACCCUCAACUCCGGCCGUGUCGUCCCCGGCUACGGCCACGCCGUGCUCCGCAAGCCCGAUCCCCGUUUCGAGGCCCUCAUGGACUACGCCGCCGCCCGCCCCGAGAUCGCCCAGGACCCCGUCUUCCAGCUCGUCGAGAAGAACAGCCGCAUCGCCCCCGAGGUCCUCAAGAAGCACGGCAAGACCAAGAACCCCUACCCCAACGUCGACUCCAGCUCCGGUGUUCUCUUCCACCACUACGGCUUCCACGAGACCCUCUACUACACUGCCACCUUUGGUGUCUCCCGUGGUCUGGGUCCCCUUGCCCAGCUCAUCUGGGACCGCGCUCUCGGCCUCCCCAUUGAGCGCCCCAAGAGCAUGAACCUCGAGGGUCUCCUCAAGCAGGCUGAGGGCAACUAA